UCCGCUCUUCACGAACCGGCUCCAUCAUCCGAAAAUAACAAUUGUAGCCUGCUACGCCCCUUGCCCGCACAACAAAAGCAAAUAGCUUCCCAAACACUCUGCGUUUCUUAUGUUUAGAUCUAAUGGCAUAGUAUCUACCCCACGCUAAAGUGCAGCUAUCAAAAGAAUUAGCGCAGAGAACGCGUAUUUCUUCAGUAUCAAUUACUUUGUGGCAAGGUGCAUGAUAACUUUACAGGCUAGGAAUAAGCGUUGCGUCACCAAGAACCUACAGCUACAAGGAAAAACGGGAGCACUUCAAGUGCAACGGUCCAAAUUAUCGAUCGUGGCAUAACAGUGAAUCAACCCGGAAAAAGUGGAUUCUAAUUGAAGCCCAGUCAUAAUCAACUCGUUGGCUAGAAUGUUCUAGGGGAUGGUGGCCUAUAUAAAACCAAAAAAUAACCACCUGUACACUCUGCUCUGAUGAGGAACUUUUGUUUGACUUUGUUCUAAACGAAGACGUCAAGGGAGUGUGAUUAAUUUUUGACCUGAGUCCAGAAUUUUGUUUCAGUGACGACCAAGAAUUUGUGACCUCCGCUUUAUGGCCGGCCACCAGUUAUAUAAACAGGGUUCCCAUUCUUUUAAACUCUAAGAAAUUUAGUAAAUGCUAAGUGUAAUAAAUUUAUACAAUUAUCAAUCUGAAAGUUUCUCUUCACCAAAGGUUUCCUUUUUUUAAGAUAUACGGAAACAUACUACCAGCAUCCACGAGUUGGUUUAUAUAGAACCAUUUUUACGUGGCCCCAAUGACUUAUGUAGUAGCUAUCGCACAAAGUGCAAGCUUCAAAAAUCAAUAGAAAAUAGUGUAUCAUUCAUUGCUACUAGUUCAUGGCAAGGCGCAUUAUAACUUGCAUGCUAAUGUUGAGCGUCGCGCAUGCGUGACCAAGACACUCAGCGAUAAGGAAGAAAGGGUACUUCAAGUGGGUUUUCACAUGAUUAUUCAAUACGAAGGACAUUACUCUUUGCUGCAAUUUUGAUUAUUAUAACACAUGUCAAUCCCACUUUUUCUUGUUUUAUUGUCCCAAAAUCGCGAAAAUUUAGUGACCUAAUUUCUAAAAUAGUUCACGGGCUGGCUGCGCAUCGUUCAUUGCAACGAGUUCAUGGCAAGGCGCAUGAUAACUUGCAUGCUAAGGCUAAGCGUUGCGUCACCAAGACCCUGCAGCUAACAGGAUAAAAGGGAGCACAGGCCUUAAAUAGAAUAAAGUGGCAGAGAAUAACAGUGAAUCAACCCGGAAAAAGCGAAAUUACUAAACCCUGUUAUCAUCAACUCGUUGUUGGCGAGAAUGGUCUAAGAGAUGGCAGCCUCAAGCCACUUUGAACACAAAGAAAUGGACCACCUGAGCUAUUCUGCUGAUGAGCAACUAUUGUUUGACUUGGUUCUAAACGAGGACGUCGAAGGAGUGCGAUCAUUUUUCGACCUGAGGCCAAAUUUUCUCUUCAGAACCCGGGAUUUUGUGACGCGCGCUUUAUUGUCCGACACGAUAGAUCUGAACCGCGGUGAUAUUCUCAAGAUUUUCCUCGAUGAACAGGCUAGAAUUGGGGGAGCAUUAUUCAACGCUGUCAGAAAGGGUUCCAAGGAUUGCGUUCAGACGAUGCUUCCCUAUAUCAGUAGCAAGCGAGGAGAUAUCGGACCCGAGGAUGUCAAGCCCGGAGCUUUUGUGAGCCCUCUGAUGCUGGCAGUUCACCUAGAGAAAUUCGAUAUUAUUGAACUGUUUUUGUCCAAAGGUUAUCGCGUGCUUGAGCCUCAUGAUGAUGAUGAUGAGGAUGAUGAUGAUGAACAGCUUAACAGAACCAAUGUUGGUCUUGAACUGUCCAAUGAACUGUCCUUUAAUCUGCGAGUCAAUGCCUACCGGGCGCUAGCCAGUCCACUGUACAUAUCCUACUUCUUUAUCAUGAACCCUGAUGCACUCCAUCCCAUCUUCCACGUGCUUGAGCUUAACAAAAAGCUUAAGAAUCAAAUGUAUCGUGAUUUUGAAUUCAAUAAUGACUAUAAACAGAUCUCUAAAGACUGCCAGAGAUUCGCGGUAGAUUUGCUUGAGCAGUGCCGCACUACUGAUGAAACCAAUGUGCUCCUUGAUGUCUAUCCUGAGAUUCAAAGGGUCUACGAAAAGGAUAAAAAGCACGUAGAGGGCUCGCACACAGCAUUUAAAGAACUGUCCGUGCUGAAUUUAGCAAUUCGAAACGACAUGAAUGAGCUGGUUGCCCAUCCGCAAAGCCAGCUCCGUCUAGACAAGAUAUUGUACCACGGCAUCUAUACGUUCAAGCGUGAGCCAAGAGUUUGGAGGUACCGUUCAUGGUACACUGGGAAACUGUUUUGGUUGAGGCACACCCUUCUACUACCCUUCUUGGCACUCUUUUAUAUCAUUGCUCCUGACUGUCGCAUCUCAAACGUACUAAAGACACCAACGGUCAAGUUUUACAGCCACACUAGUGCGUUUGUCCUCUUUGCGAUUGCACUGGCGAUGUCUUCAAUUGAAGAUCAUUUCACCGAUUACACUCUUAUCCCAGUUUUAAUUGACUGGGGAAUACUGCUAUUUGUUCUAGGACUGUUCCUUCAAGAGAUGAAAGAUUUAUAUUUCCAGGGCGCGUUUCGCUACAUUCGUCAAUGGUGGAACAUCAUAUCUCUUCUCAUGGUCGUACUGUUCCUUAUCUCGUACAGUCUUUGUUUAACAGCUUAUUUGUCUCCACAGACCUCUCCGCCUCACCUGAAGAAUUUGGCAGUGCGCUCAAGCCAAUUGUCUUUAUUGGCUAAUAGCUUUUUUGCCUUCGCCAUGGUCUUUAGUUUCAUUCACUUGACUAACUUUCUCCAAGUAAGCGAUGUUUUUGGGCCACUGCAGCUUUCUCUUUACAUGCUAUUUGCUGAUUUGAUAAAGUUUUUCGUGUUCUUCUUUGUACUCUUCAUGGCGUUCGGACUUAGCCUGAGGAAACUGUACUCCCACUAUAAGACAUCGCAGCAGCAUUUUGUCAACAUCACCAGACCAGUAGACACCGAUCAUCCAUAUUCAGCUGUCAAGUCAGGAUUUCUUAAUCUUUUCUGGUCAAUGUUCGGCUUGACAGAACUCGCCACAUUUGAUACAAAAGACAAAGAAUUUUCUAUCACCAAGGAGACCGGCAUGCUGUUGUUCGGACUGUUCCAGAUACUAGUGGUCAUCAUUGUAUUAAACAUGCUGAUUGCAGUGAUGACGCGCUCAUAUGAGGAAAUUUCGGACAACUCCGAUUUGAGUUGGAAAGUUUCUCGCACCCGAAUGUGGAUGAACUGGGUCGACAAGGGCAACGUGCUUCCACCUCCGCUCAACCUCAUCCCCAAUAGCAAGACACUGGCCGCAGUCUUCAGCCUCGCGUACCGAACAACGCUUGGAAAAGUCUCUAAGGUUGUUCUUAUUCCAUUUAUCAUCAUGAACGCCUUAUUGCCUCCGGACACGUCGCAGCAGAGCCCCAAGGUAGCUGUCAAGGCAGCACUAGAAUACAAGAGUCGUCGAAUGAUAAUUAAGAACAUUGUGGAUCGUUACCUUCGCAAACGACGCGAAGAGGCGCGUGCUGAUGAAGUCACACUAAGACAUCUAAAAGAAAUGGAAAAACGAAUGUGGACGCACAUGCACAAACACUGGGGACUAGUGCCAAGCUCUCCUCCUCUCUCUGAACACAGGAAGCAAAGCAGUUCACUACAUGAGGAAACGGCAUACUCAGAUCACCAAAAGUCGGUAACGGAAACGUUAGUCUGAGGUGUCACGCUCUUAGUGUCAGGCACCUUUUCCCUUGUGGGAAAACCAGGGAAAAAUUUCCUUAGUUAAUGCACAUUGGUGAACACUGGCAACAUAAGAACACAUAGACCAUCUUUAGUAUGGCGUGUAUUAUCAACGAUAUUGGAGAGACGUUAUGGCAUAGCAGGCGUAGACUAAUGGAAAAUAGAUAAUGGACCUGGGAGCUGAAACAUAAGAGCGACAUUCAAGCUGUGGAACGUAAAAUUGUUUAAUUUUCUAAAUUAUUUUUCAUUGUAAAUUCAUUGUAAAUGAAAAAUAAAGGCGUAACAUAACUUCA